AUGGGGCUGGAACUUUAUGUGAAGGUCCCUCGUCCGGCAGGUGUUCUUCGGUUCGACAACGGAGACCCGGUCGUUAUCCUACAGAGGAUACAGGCAAAGAAUGUUAGAAAAUGGAGGAAUAGAGGAGGGUUUGAGUCGACUGAGCAACGCAUAAGGGACCAGGCCAGAGCCAUCAGAAAGAACGGUUGGCUUUCAGAACUUGAGUUGGAAAUGAUAAAAAGAAGUGCUAUAGAGGAAGAGGAAAGAGAAGCUAAUAACGAUGUGGAGGAUGAUAGAGAGCAGGUCGAUAACGAAAACUUAAUGGAUGUCGAUGAUGAGGAAAAUGUGGUGAAUGAUGUAAAUGUGGAGGAAAACGAUCAGCAAAAUGGAGGUUUUGUUACCAAAGAUAAUAUGUUAGAGAAUAUCUUGUCUGAAAGUCAAAGGGAAAUCGUUGAGAACCUAAGAAACAUUUAUGUUGAAAAGAAAACAGCAGAAGGAAUAUCAUUUAAAAAGGUUGAUAAGAACAAACUGAAGAGAGAAAUGAAUAGAGUAAAUCAAGUGAUUCGUCAUAUUGAAACCAAAAACAUCACAGAAACUAAUGAAUUGAUAAAGGCAGCAACUGUAUGGGUUGGAGAACAGCUAGGGUUAAAGAAGACGGAAUUUAGAGCUAAGAAAGCUCCUUGGUGGAAACGCCGCAUUGAAGAUUAUAUUAAAAGCAUAAGGAAAGAUGUAAACAUACUAGCAAGAGAGUUCAGACAAAAUCGAAUAUUUAGUGUUGACCAGAAAAAAAAUUACAAGGAAUUGAAUGGAGGUGAAAUUAGAACAAACGAGGUACCAAAUGCUGAGGAGAGUAGAAGGUUUUGGGGUGAUAUUUGGUCAGUUGAGAAGGAACAUAACAAAGGUACAAAGUGGCUGUCUGAGUUAAAGGAUGAAGUUAAAGGGAGACACUCACAGGAAGCGGUCACUAUAAGUAUCGAAAGUGUCAGAAAACAAGCUAAGAAAAUUCCAAACUGGAAGUGUCCUGGCAAAGAUGGUGUCCAGAGAUAUUGGCUCAAAAACCUGGCCAACAUGCAUGACAGAAUUGCUGAUCAACUAAACAACAUUUUGAUGGGAACAGAUACCCUUCCCAAGUGGUUAACACAUGGAAGGACAGUGUUGUGCCAAAAGGAUCCCAGGAAAGGGAAUGCGGUUAAGAACUAUAGGCCGAUAACGUGCCUUCCACUGAUGUGGAAACUGAUGACAGGAAUAAUAGCUGAUCAAAUGUACGAUUACCUAGAAAGAGAAUAUCUACUACCUGAUGAACAAAAAGGUUGCAGGCGAAGGAGCCGGGGUACAAAAGAUCAGUUAUUGAUUGACAAAACAACCCUGAAGGAUUGCAAGAAAAGGCACACUAAUCUGGCUAUGAAUGAAGAACAGAUAGACUCCCUAAUACAGACUACUCACAUUUUUAGUACUGAUAUAGGCAUGGAAUUUGGAAUCAAGAAAUGUGGAAUUCUAGUCCUAAAAAGAAGGAAGAUUGUAAGAUGUGAGGGCAUGGAAUUACCGAAUGAUGAGAUAAUAAAAGAAGUGGGACAAGAAGGAUAUACUUAUCUGGGUAUUGUGGAAUUAGAUAAGGUGAAGGAGAAGGAAAUGAAAGAGAAAACAAAAGAAUAUAAGCGACGGUUGAGGUUAAGUCCAAGCUGA